AUGACUUCGAACGGGUGCGGUAUUCGACAUGAGAUCGUCCUCCGCUCACUCUCAAUAGUUCAUCUUGUUCUAGUCGUCAGCAAUUUUUUUGUGUUGGAUCCACGUGUCUUCGCUCCUUUAUAUAUAAUCUACUCGAUCGGAGUGGUCUGUUUCUUCACACUAUUCAUCUACUCAUGUGUUAAAUAUCAAGCAUGGUUUUUCGUCGUCGCCUUGUGUUUCCAAGCAUUAUAUAUAAUUUCGGCUGGAUAUUUGGCGUCUUUAGCAUUGAUGGGAUAUUUCACCAUAAAAAUGACAUUGAUGUGCGUGGUAUUCGGAACAAAUACACUUGUUAUAAUAACUGAUGCCAUCUCGAUGAUUGCUGUGCUCACAAUUCGAUCAGAUCAACUGAGAAGACGUGCAGAGAGAAAACGAUACGAGAGGAGGAGGUCGAAUUUUGAAGCUUCCUUCCCGAAAUACUAG